CUAUGGUUAAAUAAUAGUAUAGAGGUUGGGCCAAUGAAACAAGUCGAGAGAACAUCUCAACACAGAAGUUUGGGGGGGGAAGAUAAACAAAUCUAGAGAGAAAAGAGAGAGUGAGAAUAUGAAGGUGCAUGGUGUGUUCUUGGUGGCGGUUUUCUUCUACAUCGCAUAUACGGAGCCGGUCAAUGGGCAACCUCACAAGGGUUGCCAAACUAGUUGUGGAAAGGUCACAAUUGAGUAUCCUUUUGGCACUUCUCCAGGUUGUUACUAUGCAGACGAUCGUAGUUUCAAUCUCACCUGUAAUGAGAAAGAGGAGCUAUUAUUUGGUAAGAUUGAAGUAAUCAACAUAUCUCCCAGCGGGGAACUACGCGUCUGGAAAAAAGUUUCCUACGCUUGCUACAAUAGCACAGGAUAUUUGACUAACGGCAGUGACCACACAACCACGCUGGGUAAUUUAUCUCUCUCCCGCAAGAACGAGUUUACUAUAGUAGGCUGUAACGCUUACGCAUAUCUGACCACUACUGGACCCCAAAAUUACUCAACUGGAUGCAUCUCAGCAUGUGACUCUCCACCUGCGGCAAAUGGAGGGUGUAAUGGUGCAGGUUGCUGCAGUACAGACGUCUCUGCGCCGUUGGGUAGCUGGAAAUACAGAACUCGCCCAUUUCGUUUGGGGAGCAGCACUUCGGUGUAUGACUUUAAUCCUUGCACAUACGCCUUUCUCACGGAAAAUGGUACUUUUCACUUCAAUGCUUCGGAAGAUCUUAAGAACCUACGGAAUGUCAACAAGUUUCCCCUGGUACUGGACUGGUCUAUUGGAAACCAGACAUGCGAGCAAGUUGGAAACAGAAGCAUAUGCGGUACGAAUAACAGCAUAUGUUUCAAUUCUACUCGUGGAACCGGGUAUAACUGCAAAUGUUUAGAAGGUUAUGAAGGGAAUCCUUACCUUUCUAAUGAACACGGUUGCCAAGACAUCAAUGAGUGUACUAUCAAUAAACAUAACUGUGCGGAUCCCAGGACCUGUAGAAACACGGUAGGAGGCUUCUAUUGUAAGUGCCGAUCUGGUUAUCGCUUAGAUACAACCACUAUGAGUUGCAAGCGUAAAGACUUUGCAUGGGCUACCAUUCUUCUUGGAAUAACCAUCGGCUUCUUGUCCCUAUUGCUUGUCGUUAGCUAUGUACAACAGAGACUGAAGCACCGGAAGGCAGCUGAGCUCCGACAAAAAUUCUUCGAACAAAAUGGUGGCGGCAUGUUAGUACAGAGACUCUCAGGACCAGGGAUAUCAAAUGCUAAUGUAAAAAUCUUUACUGAAGAAGGCAUGAAGACAUCAACCGAUGGUUAUGACAAGAGCAGAAUCCUGGGCCAGGGAGGACAAGGAACCGUCUACAAAGGGAUAUUACCAGACAACUCCAUAGUCGCAAUAAAGAAAGCUCGGCUUGGAGACAACAGCCAAGUAGAGCAGUUCAUCAACGAAGUGCUAGUUCUUUCACAGAUCAACCAUAGGAACGUGGUCAAGCUCUUGGGCUGCUGUCUAGAGACUGAAGUUCCCUUGCUUGUCUAUGAGUUCAUUAACAGCGGCACUCUUUUCGAUCACUUGCACGGUUCUUUGUUUGGUCCUUCUCUUACAUGGGAACAACGCCUGAGGAUAGCAGUGGAGAUAGCUGGAACCCUUGCUUAUCUUCACUCCUCUGCUUCUAUUCCAAUCAUCCACCGAGACGUCAAGACGGCUAACAUUCUCUUGGAUGAAAACUUAACUGCAAAGGUAGCCGACUUUGGUGCUUCAAGGCUGAUACCGAUGGAUAAAGAGCAGCUCACAACAAUGGUGCAAGGCACUCUAGGCUACUUAGAUCCGGAAUACUACAACACUGGUCUGCUGAACGAAAAGAGUGAUGUUUAUAGCUUUGGUGUAGUUCUCAUGGAACUUCUCUCAAGCCAAAAGGCAUUGUGCUUCGAAAGGCCACUCCAGUCAAAACAUCUGGUGAAUUACAUUUCUUCUGCCAUGAAGGAGAACAGGUUGCACGAGGUUAUUGACGAGAAAUUGAUCAACGAGAAUAACUGGAAGGAGAUAGAGGAAGCUGUCAGAGUUGCUAUGGAGUGCACAAGAGUGACGGGAGAAGAAAGGCCACUGAUGACGGAAGUAGCUGCAAAGCUUGAGGGCUUGAGAGUCACGAAAAGCAAACAUCAGUGGUCAGAUCAGUAUCCUGGGGAGGAGACUGAGAACUUGGUCGGUGUUGGAAUCUUAUCAGCGCAAGGCGAUACAAGUAGCACUGGCUAUGACAGCAUCAAGAAUGUAGCAAGCAUGCACAUGGAAGCUGGUCGCUGAUAUUUAUUAGUCAAUGCACUGUCAAAAUCACGGUUAAGUCUCUUUUUUAUGAAAAAAAUAAUAUCAUUUUUCAUCUCACCUCUUUUGUCCACCUAAACAGUUAAAGAUCAGAGUAUCAAGACAAUGAAGAACAUUUAUGCAUCAGUACCCUGCAAACUACCAA